AUGGGUUAAGAUAAUAUUCAAGAUACUGAAGUACAGAAACAAGAAAAGCCUUACGCUUAUGAGAAAUACUUAAGGUUAUCUUAACUAUUAAAAAAGCUAAAUAUUUAGGAUUCAUGCAGAACUUUAGACUGUGCUCAUUAAGAUGGGUGCUUAUACAAUAUUUUUAAUUAAUUAUUUAAAGGUUUAGCAUUAGGUUACGCUGCUAAGACAACUUUAAAUAUUGUUAGUACAAUACUUUAGUACAAAAAAGUAAUAAAAAACCCAUUAAUGUUCAUUAAAGCACUAUUUAAUGGAGAAUCUUUACGCUUUGCUUUAUUUCCAGCCGUUUAUAAUGUUGUGAUGUAGACUUCUUUAUGUCUUAUGAGAAGAAAGGGAGUUAAUAAACAUAUUUAAGGAUUUGUAAGUGGGUUUUUAGGAGGUUAUUUAGCUUUAGCCACUAGACAAAAAUAAAAUAGAAAUAUUUGGGGAGUUAUGUUACUUGCAAGAGCUGUUGAUUGUAUUUAUAAAUCUAUGUGUAAUAGAAAUAUAAUCAAAAAAAGAGGUACAGACUAUACUUUGAUGUUUUCCUCAAUGUAUCUAGUCUUUUCAAUUUGUUAUGCCUAAGAGCCAGAAUGUCUUCCAGCUAGUUUUAACAAAUUUUUGAGAGCUUUCUCUAACGAACAUGACGCUGAUUUGAAGUUUAGAGGUUGUUGGAUAGCUAAAUCAAAUUUAGAAUUGAUUAAAAAAGGAAUACCUCCACAUAAUGUUGAAAAAGGCCUCCUUUUAGAUUUUAAUAGAAAAAGAUGA